GCAUGGGUCACUUUCUGAUAGGCACAAAGCGGCGUUGCCAAUAAAAGGAACCAGGUCACACUGCCCAGCAGAAAAGAGAGAAAAUGCUCUGUGUUGUUCAACUUAUUGCUCCCUGAAGCUGAAACAUCUGGAUGAGAGUUUGAGCGGCCAAUGAGAGCACCACCUGCCUGAUUCUUGACAUAUAAAAGAAACCUUACCAAUGGAGCCAUCAGAAGAAUUUAUGUUCAGACAUAAAGGAUUUUAUUUCCUACCAGACUUGGCUAACCCUGAAUAUAUAGAUUCAUUGGAGCAUUUUGUAGUCAGAGACAGUGAUGUGUUUGUAGUUACUUUUCCCAAAUCAGGAACUGUGUGGAUGCAAAAUAUUUUGAGCUUGAUUUAUUAUGAAGGCCACCGGGAUGGAACAGCAAAAACUGAAACAAUUGACAGAGUUCCAUGGCUAGAGUACAAUUUCAAUAAAAUGGAUUAUGGCAGUCGUCCAUCACCGCGUCUCUUUUCCACUCACCUGCCUUACUAUUUAGCUCCAAGAGAUCUGAGAAACAAAGGAGCAAAAGUUAUUUAUGUAGCCAGAAACCCUAAGGAUGUUGCGGUUUCCUAUUUUCAUUUUAGCAAGCAUGCAUUCAUAUUUGAGAAAGUACCAGAUUUUAAUAUUUUAAUGGAGAGGUUUUUAUCUGGGAAAGUACUUGCUAGUUCGUGGUUUGAUCAUGUCAGAGGCUGGUACACCCACAGAGCUGAUUACAAUAUUCUCUUCCUUACUUAUGAGGAGCUGAAGAAGGAUCUCAGAAGUGCUGUGCUGAAAAUUUGUGACUUCUUAGGAAAACAGCUGACUGAAAAGGAGUUGAAUGUUGUUGUGGAGAAGGCUGUAUUUGAUAACAUGAAAUCUGAUCCCAGGUCAAACUACGAGGACAAGACAUGUAUCUUGGAGAAAGGCAGAGACAAUUUUCUUCGCAGAGGAACUGUUGGAGACUGGAAGAACAUAAUGACUGUGGCACAAAGUGAAAAGUUCAACAAGGUUUUUAAUGAGAAAAUGAAAGACCUGCCCUUCAAGUUCAUCUGGGAUCUUAAUGAAGAAAUAUAGGCUGAUUUCCAGUUUGAAAGAUGUGAAAGUGGACUGAAAGUCUUGUACAAAAUGUUCAUAUUAAAAUCCAUAGCUCUGUGCAAGUUCAAGACUUGAAACUAGCAUUUUUCCCUAAUAAUUACAUAGAUCUACACACUCAUCAUCACCAUGGUAUAUGUGUAUAUACAGGAAAGACUUAUUUUAAGAGCUUAUUUUUAGGCACUAUGGCAGAUGAGGAGAGAUUUGGAGGCCAGGGUAGUAGCCUUAUGGAGCAAAUCAGUGAAGGGUAAUUUGAGUAUAAGGGGCAACAUGGAAGAAGGCACAGAUCGUUGUGUGAGAAACUGACAUACAGGCAGAUAAGACCUAGUAUCACAGCAGCAGUGAAGGAGGAGAAAGAGGAGGGAUACAGGAAAGAGAGCAGCUAAGUAGAGAGAGGCACAGUUCUAAAGGGCCAUAAAGGGAAGGACAAGCAGAAUGAAUGACGCCAUGAAAUGAAAGGAGUUAAUGGAAUGAUUUAAACACAGGAUUUAUGGGCUAAGAAUCAUCUGCAAAGAAGAUAUCAAACUAACCUAAUUUUGUAUGGGGCUGAGUGGAACAGUGUGCAAUUGGGCAGGCAUGUACAGUAAUCAAGACGAGAUAAGAGGGGCCUGAGUGAGAUUUCUUGCCAUGUACACAGAACAAAGAGGCUAAAUCUUAGAUGGUGCAGAGCAGUAUUUCUCAGCUAGUCACAACCUUUGCGGGGAGGUGGUCACAAAAGGCAAUCAGAGGUCUAGACAUGUUGAAAAUUUUAUUAUAAUUUAAAGCAAAGAAAAAUCUCACUGCCUGCACAAGCUUACCCUUGAAGGUCAAGUAUUCUCUGUCAACCUCUGGAAAAAACAAACACACAUCUUAUUAUCACCACCAGUACAUUUACUAUAAGAAUAAAAAUGUAUGGACAAGUUGCAUUUCUUUAAACUUCAAAUCAGAAGUCUCCAGCCUGAAAAGUUUUAGAGACACUGCCACAGAGGAAGAGGAAGAAAGAGUUAAAUAUUGUCUGGUGUGAGGAGCAAUAGAAAAGGAGGCCAAGACAGUCCCUGGGUUUUAGGCCUAAAUCACAUGGAAGAUUGGGAGUUUAUGUUGACUAUGCGACAGCCAAGAGGAGAUGCUGUAGAUACUGGAAAAUAUGUAGGAUAGGAUGGAGGGAAACAGACCACUUCCCCCCAACCCCCCAAAGGUUGUGACCUACCUGUCUACACUGCCACUUUACAGCAGUGGAACUUGCAGCACUCAGGGGUGUGUUUUUUUCACACCCCUGAGCACAAAAGCUGAAGUGCUGUAAAGUGGCACUGGAGAUAAGGCCUACGUCUUAUCUGCCCAUAUGUCACUUUCUCACACAAUGAUCUGUGCCCUCUUCCAUGUUGCCCCUUACACUCAAAUUACCCUUCACUAGAUUGCUCCAUAAGGCUACUACCCUGGCCUCCAAAUCUCUCAUCAUCUGCCACAGUGCCUAAAAAUAAGCUCUUAAAGUAAGUCUUGCCUAGAGAGAGAGAGGCUGCACUAUUUUGCUCAGUUCAACAUCAUAAGUCUCCACAGAAUAGAGCUGGGAAAUAUAGUGACAUGUAUUGGCAAGUAUGUAUAUAUACAUACAAGCUCUCUUGAAUUGUAACAAUCACUUUGUGCCCUUUAUGAAAGUUAAGAUUUCCCCCCUCAAAAUUAAAAUCUGUGAUCAGUAGGAGAAAACUGAAGGCAAUCCUGGGCAAUUUCACAAAUGGUGAGACAGAUCAGCUCAGGUGCCCUAUAGCAUCCAGGGGUUAUUUAGAGCAUGAUUCCAGUCAAAUAAAUAAAAUUUAAGAAAUUA